AUCACUAAUUCUCGAUUCUCAUUCGACCUCACCAUAAAAAAUUCCUGUAUAAAAUAAAAUAAAACCCAGGUCAAGCGUAUCCCGAUAGGAAUCUCCCGUCAAAGCAACAAACAGCAAGCGAUUCAGGAACGAUCCAAAUCCCAGGACUCGAGGAUGGUUUGCGUCGCGUGUCUGUUGCCGCUUUUCCUCAUCCCGAUCAUAAACUUAUUGCCCCUUCUGUUUGAUUUCAUCAUGGGGAAAGUUUAUGGGGUUUUUGGAUGGGAGUACCGGAAACCGGUGAGGGCACCCCCGGCAUGUCCCUACAAGCCUGCAGCCAACAAGAGCAGUAGUGAAGUGGCAGAAAAACCUGACCUGGCUGCAUCGGACGUUCCUCAAAAAUUGGUGGGAGCAGCAGAUGAGAGCAAGAUUGAUUGAAGUUGGACUACUCUCCUUGCGUAGCUAUCAAGAUUACAUGUUCUAUAUGUAGCUUUGGGGUAAAAGUGGCAUCUUUUGUUAUUUCAGAAGGACUCGCGUCACCGUUUCUGUGGUUGACUGAUUGUGUUGAGAAAUCAAAAAUCAAAGUUGGUUCAGAUUGUUGAGAGAUGCUGUUGAACUGCAUACUCUAAUUAUGUGAAACUAAACUAGGUAACUGUGGCAGUUGGCAAA